AUGGCCAUCACUGUCAAAUCGCUUUCGACGACGCUUUGGAUUCACGCUAAAAAGCACACAGGUGUCGGGUUGGUCUGUGCAGUAGCGUAUUUUGAUCCAGGAAACUGGGGGGUUGAUCUGCAAGCAGGGUCGUCGUACGGCUAUCGACUGCUUUUUGUUGUCCUCUUAGCUGGACUGAUUGCCGUGUUCUUUCAGGUAUCGUCUCAUCGACUGGGAUGCGUAACUGGCGUUGACUUGGCUUCGCACUGCCGGGUAUUGCUUUAUCCUCGCCCUCUAACCCGAUAUUUCCUCCUAUACCCUCUAUACACAAUCUCGGAGACGGCGAUCGUAGCGACAGACCUGGCUGAGCUGCUCGGGUCUGCAAUUGCCCUGUGCCUGCUUUUUCCCGCCCUCGAAAUAUGGCACGGCGUUCUCAUCACCGCCUUUGACGUCCUUCUCAUCCUCGCCUUCGGUGAUCCCCUUCGCGGACGACCCGUGCGCGUCUUCGAAGUUAUUAUCGCUGCACUGGUGAUUGCUGUCCUCAUCUGCAUGUGCAUCAUCAUUGCCCGCGUCAACGUCCACUGGCCCGACGCUUUCCUUGGGUAUGUACCUUCAAAGUACAUAUUCAAAAACGGAGCUCUGUAUACGUCAGUGGGCAUCCUUGGAGCGACGGUCAUGCCACACAGUCUUUUCCUCGGCUCGGCUCUAGCAACACAGGACCGUGUAACAGCCCAGUCUGUCGAGAAGGAGGAGGAGAAACCGGACAUGCUCCGACAGCGGAUCCGGUCCGUCUUCCGUAUGUCACACAUUUCCCCACCGCAGACAUCAACUAGCAACUCGCUCUCUUUCAUCAGGCUACAUUUGUACCAUGGCAUCGCCGAUGUUGUCUUCUCCCUCCUCUGCUUUGCGGUCGUAAUUAAUUCCCUCAUCCUCAUCCUCGCAAGCGCCAUCCAUCCCGCCACCGCCCACUCUGCCUCCCUCUUUGACGCGUAUGACCUUAUUCGCACCGCCGUCUCUCCAUCCGCUGCCACCCUCUUUGCCGUCGCUCUCCUCUUCUCCGGCCAGUCUUCAUCCCUCAUCGCCACUGUGGCAGGUCAGGCCGUGUCCGAGGGAUUUCUGAACAUUCGCCUGUCACCCGUGUUCAGGCGGCUUAUCACCCGUCUUCUAUCCCUUGUACCAGCGCUCACCGUCGCUAUAGCAAUAGGCAGAAGCGGUAUUGACACCCUCCUGGUCGCAUCCCAGGUCGUCUUAUCUAUCGUUCUGCCCUUCAUUGUCUUUCCCCUUUUGUGGUUGACCAGUCACAAACGCGUUAUGUCGGUGGAAAAUGACAAUGGAGGCUCCGUGAAUUUCAGUAACAGCAUACCCACCAUCUUGCUGGGCGCAGCGGUUUGGCUCCUCAUUGUAACGGCGAACGUUUAUGUUCUUGUUAACUUGGGUAUGACGACGUAA